AUGACGUCCACGUCGGACAGUCGAUCGAUCUGCAAGAGAUUUGCAGCGGAAGGGGAAGAGGAUGCCGGGUGGGUGAGAAGGUUGGUUGAGGAUGUAGGAAAGGAUGGGGAAGAGGCGGCAAAUAAUAGGGGAGGUAGCCGUGGCGAGGAGGAUGGAGGAGGAGAAGCAGUGGAGGCGCAGAUGCAGGUGAAUUCAGGUGGUCGUACCGACCACUGCGCCUCAACCGGAACGAAAACGAGCCGCCACAGCUUGAAGACGCAGCAGCAAUGCAAAUCAUGCAAUGCAAAGCGCUGCGACGAUGCCAUGCCAUGCCAUAAUAAGGGGCAAGCCCGCGGCGUCUAUAGGUUGGAGAAACCCCCCACUCGCUGGGCACGCGCUUAG